UACUGAGCAGGCAACAGUGACGUGUUUCCUGUUUCACGGUGAAACAGGAGACGGAGUGGAGCUGUGGGAGGUGUCGUGGGUGAUGUACAGAGAGCAGGCUUCGCUUCAGUGUUGUCUGCAGAUAAUAUCGCCUAAAAAUAAGUUCCGUGUGAGUGAAUGGAGAUGGCGCGAGCGAGUGUGAUGACGUCACGCGGUAGAGGCUGAGCAGGAGGACCGGGAGGGUGAGCUAGCAGCUGCGACAGCAUCCCCGCGUGAGUGCCGGGACACACGGCCCACUGAAGUCCACACAAGCAGGACACAGUAAGGAUGGACUCCAUGUCUCUGAUGAGUGGAAGCAGGAACCCCGUGUUCCUCACAGCCUCCUCCUCCCACCAUGCCCAGGCCCCCCUGCUGCCCAAAGGCAUGAAGAAUGGAGCUGCAGAUCCAGGAAGCUGGUGCGUGUCUGCUCAGCCUACUGUGGCCAUUCUGGGAUCAGGUGACUUCUCCAAGUGCCUGACCAUUCGCCUGCUGCGCUGUGGCUUCCGUGUAGUGGUGGGUAGCCGCCAUCCCAAAUUGGCAGCCCACUCAUUUCCACAUGUGGUGGAUGUAACACACCACGAAGAUGCUGUGGGGAAGGCUAACGUUGUAUUCCUGGCAAUCCGCCGUGAGCACUAUUCUGUUGUGUGGGACCUCAAACACCUACUGGAAGGGAAGAUCCUGGUGGAUGUGAGUAACAAUAAGCGAGCGAACCAGUAUCCAGAGUCCAACGCUGAGUAUCUGGCUUCACUGCUGCCAGACUCUAUCGUGGUCAAAGGCUUCAACGUCAUCUCAGCCUGGGCCAUGCAGCAGAGCUACCCUAAGGAUGCCAGCACACAGGUGUUCAUCUGCAGUGACUCAGUGGAGGCCAGGCAGCAGAUCAUGGAAUUAGCCCGGCAGCUCAACUUCCAGCCGGUGGACAUGGGCACCCUGUCUUCUUCCCGUGAUAUUGAGAACAUGCCUAUCCAGUUAUUCCCUGGCUGGAAGGGCCCCGUUCUUGCUGCUGUGGCCCUCUCCAUCUUCUUUUUUUCUUACUCGUUUAUUCGAGAUAUAAUUCACCCAUAUAUGAAAUACAAGCAGAGUGACUUUUACAAGAUCCCAAUAGAGAUAGUGAAUCGGACACUGCCUACCGUCGCCAUCACUCUCUUGGCCCUGGUGUACCUUGCAGGACAGUUAGCAGCUGCCCACCAGCUCUACUAUGGCACCAAGUACAAGCAUUUCCCGCACUGGCUGGAAAACUGGCUGCAGAGCCGGAAACAGCUGGGCCUCCUUAGUUUUUUCCUGGCUGCUGUUCAUGUUCUCUACAGCGUGUGCCUGCCUCUGAGAAGGUCUGAGAGAUACCUGCUGCUCAACACUGCUUAUCAACAGGUCCACUCUAACAUGGAAAGCACGUGGAACGAGGAAGAAGUGUGGAGGGUGGAGAUGUAUGUUUCCUUUGGGAUCAUGAGUCUGGGGCUGCUGUCUCUGCUGGCUGUCACCUCCAUCCCGUCUGUCCACAGCACGCUCAACUGGAGGGAAUUCGGCUUCAUACAGUCCACUCUGGGGUACAUCGCCCUGCUCAUCGCGACCUUCCACGGGCUGCUGUUUGGCUGGAAACGCGCCUUUGAGGAGGAGGCCUACCGCUUCUACCUGCCCCCCAGCUUCGUCGUGGCCCUGGCUCUCCCAGUGUGCGUCAUCGUUGGGAAGCUGCUGAUCCUGCUCCCUUGCGUUGCCCGCAAGCUCCACCAGAUCCGCAGGGGUCAGGACAGCAGUGAGAUGAGGGGCAAGCGCAUGGAGCCGGUGGGCUCAGCUGCCCACAUUUCCCCUGAGAGGGUCACCAUUAUGUGAUCGGCUACCUGCCUGUUUGUAGCUACAGGUGAGGAACCACUGUAGUGCUUCUCACUGAGGGACUGUGUGUCUGAUGACAGCUUCAUGCUGUGGACCUGUUGCUGUAUCCUCUUAUUUAUAUUGUUCCAGCUGCUUCGUAUUAUUGUGUAGUAUUUUAUCAGAACAUCACGUCCCUGCUUUGAUUCGCUGCUUUAACUGAAACUGCAGUUUGACUGCUAAAAGUGACGUUUGUACAGGUCCUGCUCAUCUGUGAGAACAGCUGUUUGCUCUUCUGUGACAUCACAUGUGAAAGUGACUGUGGGGUGUAGCAGAGGCACUGUCGGGGGGACAGACCUGUAGCUCUGAUGAUGUUGGAGCACAGCUGCAGCACAUCUGUUUGCUCCUUUUCUGUCUCUCCUCACUGUAACACUGCACACCUGCAUUUACCUGUGUCUGUCUCUGCAGAGGCUGUCAUUAACACAUGCAUUGUUUUCCUUACAGACCGUCGUAGAAGUGUGUAACAUUUGUGUGUCAGUCAGUGAAACGUGUUCCCGUGACGCUCAUGUGACACACAGCUUCACACUGAGUGUUAGUUUAUAGUAUUUAGUUGUAUUUUUACACAGUGAAUGAACAGCCUGUGUCUAAUCUGCAGCACAUUCAGCUGCUGUUAAAUAAGCAGCAGCGCCCUCUGCUGUCCGAAUGAAGACUGGCUCCAGAAAUCGUACUUCUCUGUAUAUUUAUUGAGUUUGUGAGGUUAACGCUUUAAGGAUUAAGGAGAUCUACAGCAGCUGGAUUAGACGACGGGCCGGGGUGGUGAUGGAGGACAGGAGCGGCAGACCCAAGCUCGAUGAGAACGUCAGAGUACAAAUAAACUUUAUCAUGAACAA